AGAACUUGUGAGUCAGCUGUUGCUUUGACUCCAAGAAAAUUUGUAUUUGCUGGUUUAAUAAGCAUGUACGUAAUUUAGUUUUCCGUAGUAUUUCUAUUGAAAUUAAAUUUAUACGUGGCGAUAAAAUGAGUGAUAGUGAUAGUGACGACUGGUCGGAAGAAUGGAUUCCCUACAGCCAACGCGCCGAGUGGGCUGAUGUAGUGCCUCUGGCACAAGAUGAUGGCGAGCGACCUAUUGUUGCUAUUGCUUACAGUCCUAAAUUUCGCGAGGUCUUUGAUUAUUUUCGGGCAAUCAUAGCUCAUAAAGAAAAAUCACCACGAGCUUUGGAACUUACCGCAGAUGCCCUACAGCUAAACCCUGCAAAUUAUACGGUAUGGCAAUAUAGACGUGAUAUACUACGUGCAUUGGGUUCAGAUCUUUACGAAGAGUUAGAUUACUUGGAAGAAGUUAUCAGGGACAAUGCAAAGAACUAUCAAGUUUGGCAUCAUCGACGUGUUAUAGUAGAAAUGUUAAAUAACCCUUCAAAGGAGUUGGAAUUAACCGAGGUGGCGUUAGAACGGGAUAAUAAGAAUUACCACGCUUGGCAACAUAGGCAGUGGGCAAUAAAAGCAUUUGACCUAUAUGAAAAUGAACUAACAUUUGUCGAUCGUCUAAUAGCGGAAGACAUUCGAAAUAACUCUGCUUGGAACCAGCGAUUUUUUGUACUAAAACAUUUCGGAUUAACCCCUGAAGUAGUGCAGCGAGAGAUUCAGUACACAAUGAAUCGUAUUCGCGUUGUAAAAAAUAACGAGAGUGCUUGGAAUUACUUGGGCGGCAUAUUGAGGCACGGCGAUCAUGGUACAGUAAAUCGUAAUGUCGAGGUCAUAUCAUUUUGUGAAGAAUUAUACGCUAGUGGAGUUCGAUCGCCUUACCUUUUAGCUUUUCUAAUCGACUUAUAUAAAGAGCAAUGUUUGCAGCAAACAAAUGAAGCUGAUGCUGAAGUUCUAUCUAAAAAAGUCUAUAACCUCUGUAGCGACAUGUCUAAAAAUCAUGAUGUUGUCCGUCGUAAAUAUUGGCAGUAUGUUGCAGAUCAAUUAAAAUUAAAAUUAUCUGAAAAAUAACUGCGCUAUCUAAAAUCUGGAUUUGUUUUUAGGCUCUGAUUUGUUCAAAUUAUUCAACAUUCUUGUGUAUUUGUAUAUUUAUAUUUAAACUGUAUUAUUUUAAUAUAUGAAAAAAAUUCAAGAGAAC